AUGUGGGUGCAAGCCAGGAUAAUGGGAAGGGACAACCGAGAAUUGGGCACUUGGAUAUUCCUACUUGGAUACAUGAGAAAAGGGGUUGGGGUUGGGGGUGGGGGGAGAGAGCUUUGUAAUGACUUUUUAAGACAGUGGGAGAUGGUCAUCGACUUGUUUGGUUCUGACCAUGACAACGUGGUUGGUGCUACAGGUAGGCAUACAACUAAACUGAUGUUAGAUGGUGGAAUCCUGGCACACAUUUUUGUGAUUGUCUCUGCCGCCGUUGCCUCUGCCGCUCACGGUAUAAUAUUUCCUAGCUCCAAUGCUGGUGUGGUGAUUCAUGAGAGCAGAUUUUGUUCAUCCUUCACUUUGUUGCACACAAGAGCUGUAGUUGCUGAGUUUCCAUCUGAGCUUCUGUCUAUCUCUAGCCUUGUGGUUUUGAAACCACUAGAACAAAUUCUUUCCCUCUAUCCUGCCAUAGAAAGAAAGUGUGUGUGGAUAUGGAUAUUGGGCAAAGAUGAAAAUUGUAAACAGUAA